ACUACAGUUAUUGAUGCAAUGCGAUUCAACAGACAAACGACGAGAUGCGGUGCAACAGAGAUAACUACUCCCGAGUUGGAAAUUGCUACAAGCAAAAUGUCUGGAAAGUCGUCACAGCGUUGUAUUCUUGCCAUUGGACAAACGGGACUGGGAAAAAGCUUCACAGCAACUGUUUUUGGAGCUAAAGGAGUAAAAGUCGGACAUACUAGCGAAUCUGAAACCCAAUCGGUUACAGUUUAUAAGAUUAAAGACGGCAUCUACAUUGAUACACCUGGAUUCGACGAUUCCGAUGUGAAUAAACAUGACGACGAAACUGCGCGCUCGAUUAUUCAUGUAAUGGUAGAAGCAAAAGUUCCUCAAAUAACAACGAUCUUGUGGUUUGUAACACCUCAAACCAGAGCUCUAGGGUCGCUCCAGCGUCAAGCACGGUUUAUAGAAACUAUAGCGGAGAACUUUGACAAGAAUGUGUGGGAUAACACCAUUAUUGUCACUAAAGGGCUACAAAUUGGAAAAGGCGCCUGUGAAGCGGCCAAAAAAGUAGCGCAAACAAAACAUAACACUUCUGAGGAUUUGCUUUCAGGCGUUGGCAAAUGUAAAAUUCAAUUGUUCGAAAAGUUAGACGAAGAAGAUAAAGGAACAUACGGCAUAUUCACUAGCGACCAAUUAAAAGGGUUAAGUGUUUUUAAAGAGACGGAACUGGAACAAAUCCGCAAAAUGUAUGAAUAUCUAAUGAAUGGCCAUCUCCAAAAUCCUAUUCCUCUUAAGCUAAACCCAGUCAAAUGUUUGAAUUGUCUCGAAAUAGCUGAUCCAAGGUUUGCGGGUUCUCGUUGUCAUAAGAUUUGCAAGGUUCAUCCAAAUACAAGUUGGAGCCAUCGCGGACAAUUUAACUAUCAGCAUACGGCGGGAAAGGUUAGCCGUCAUUCCAGCUAUUUUCAUAACGCCACAACAGAAGAAGUGACGGAUCACAGCGUUUGGGCAUGGACUGGUCGCAUCGUUACUUUAGGAAUAGCAGAUUUUAAUAAACCCAAAUUAGUACCCGGAUAUUGGAAUUGCUGUCGAAAUGAUAAUCCCAAUUCAUCUGGAUGCGCGACAUAUUACGCUUGUUGCAACAGAGACUUGUCAGCGACAGGAUGCAUGAAGUAUUAUCCCGAAUGCUCCCAUUAUGAUAAUGCCGCCCCUUGCUACCAAACGUGUAAGAAAUGUAACAGAGAAUCCGAGGAAAGUGGUUGCACUGAUAGAUGCAAAUAUUGCGAAACAUACGGUCCGAGUAAUGUAGAAGGAUGUCAGAAAGUGGGCCAUGGUGGUGUCGAACAUAACUUCCCGAAGAACGUUAGUUAA